AUGGACGCCUCCUCCUCGCUCAUGGGCGGCCCCGCCUCCGCCGAUGCGCCCACCGAUGGGGAGCACCGGAUGGGCACCACCAUUGUCGGCGUCUGCUACGACGGCGGCGUGGUCCUAGCCGCCGACUCCAGGACCAGCACCGGAAUGUAUGUGGAAAACCGUGCUUCGGACAAGAUUACUCAGCUCACAGAUAAUGUCUAUGUUUGCCGCUCCGGAUCUGUAAGUGCUUAUGUUUAUGCACAAGAUUGGGCACAUUCUCAUGUUGUUAGCACGUGUUACUGUGACAUUCAGUUGUUUGAGUAGGCACCAUUCAGUUAGUCUAUUUCAUAAGUUAGUCUUACUUUCACUUCUUAAUUAUUCCCUGAAUC